AAAAUUACAAAGCGUUUUAUAUUUCAAACGAUGCCGUAUUAACUAACCAUGAUACCAAGUACUAAUCGGCUCCUUCUCUUCCUUUUCAUUGUGUGGGGGAGAAACUUACGGCAGGCUAAUCUAAAGCGACGGCGAGUUCAAUUUCUACCAUGGUGUGGUGUAAGCAUUGUGCGAAGAAUGUUCCCGGAAUUCGCCCCUUCGACGGUGGUUUGGCAUGUGAUUUAUGUGGGAGGAUUUUGGAAAACUUCAAUUUUUCUACUGAUGUUACCUUCGUUAAGAAUGCCGCUGGACAGAGCCAAGCGUCAGGUAACAUUGUGACAAGUGUUAAGAGUGGGCUUUCAAGCUCACGUGAAAGGAGAAAGAGAAUAGCUAGAGAUGAGUUAAGGAAUUUGAAAGAUGCCUUGGGAAUUGGUGAUGAGAGAGAUGAUGUGAUUGUCAUGGCUGCCGAAUUCUUUGAAAUGGCAACUGACCAAAACUUCACUAAAGGGCGCAGAACUGAACUUGUACAGUCUUCCUGUCUCUACUUGACUUGCAGGGAAAAGAAAAUUCCGUUUCUUCUUAUUGAUUUUUCAAGCUACCUUCGAGUUAGCGUUUACGAGUUAGGUUCUGUGUACUUGCAACUCUGUGAAAUGCUGUACCUUGUGCAAAACGAGAACUAUGAGGAGCUUGUUGAUCCUUCAAUCUUCAUUCCUCGAUUCAUGAACAACUUAUUGAAAGGUGCACACAAUAUAACAAAAAAUGUCUGGGAUAAGGUCUUUGGUACGGCUACAAACAUUAUAUCUAGUAUGAAGAGAGAUUGGAUGCAGACCGGCCGGAAACCAAGUGGAAUAUGUGGAGCAGCAAUUUACAUAGCUGCACUUUCUCAUGGUAUCAUGUGCUCUAGAGCAGAUAUUGCAAAAAUUGUGCAUAUGUGUGAAGCAACAAUAACCAAAAGAUUGAAUGAGUUUGCUAAUACCAAGGCUGGAAGUUUAACUGUUGAUGAGCUUGAUAAAAGCGAACCGAUAUCGCGUAAAGAAGCUUUUACCCCAAGACCAAAUUCUGACGAAGGAGUAGUGAACUGUCAACAUAAGGAUUUAAAACGUUUUGGUUAUGGAUUAUGUAAGAGCUGUCACGAUGAUUUCAUUAAAAUUUCUGGUGGAAUUGUUGGUGGGUCGGAUCCUCCUGCUUUCCAGCGAGCAGAGAAAGAGAGAAUGGAAAAAGCAGCUAGAGAAGAAAACGAGGGAGGAGUUGGUAGCGAUGAACAAGUAAAUGUAAGCAAAGGGGAAAAACAAUGUCCGGAGAAAGGCCAAGGAGAAAAAUAUGGGGGUGAAGAACAUGCUGAAUAUUCGGACGACGAUGAAUCAGGCAUCUGUUCGGACGACGAUGAUUCUGAGGUGGAUCACAUUCUUCUCGGUGAGGACGAAACGCUGUUGAAGACGACGGCCUGGAAUUUGCAAAACAGAGAGUAUGUUAAGGAGCAAGCAGAAAAAGAAGCAGCUCUGAAGGCAGCUAAUUGCCCAGAAGAUGCAAGAAACCUUGUGGAAGCUUCUAAAGCAGCUGUGGCGAAAUCUAGAAAGGAAAAGCGACAAAAACGUGCUGAAGAAGAAAAGAACGCGCCUCCGCCAGCUACAACCAUGGAAGCAGUUCGCAGAACACUUGAGAGGAAGAGACUCGGUGGGUUAAUAAACUACGAUGUUUUGGAGGAGCUCUUUGAUACUAGCCCAGGUAAGAAGUCACAGAAGAAACCGAGAACCGAGACAGUUACAGAGAAGGAGAAGGAAGAGCAUGAGAUUGAUGAAGAUGAAGAAGCACCAUACGAGAUGAACACAGAUGAGAAAUUCUAUGAAGACGAAGUGGAAGAAGAAGAGGAUGGUUAUGAUUUUGGAUUGUAUUAAUGAUACUUUUUGAUUCAUUUUUGUUUUUGUAGGAUCUUUGAUUCUCAAAUUCAAAGGCUUUUUAGGAGAAGCCAAAUAAAUGUCUUUUGUCAGAUCUAUGAUCAUUUCUUCUUUCAGCUAAGUUGAAAAAUCACCCCAA